CCAAGACGAUCCCUUCAUCCAAGAUUCGGAAACAGGGAGCUAUAGGUGCAUCAAUCAACCCAUCAUCCAGUCCAAGCAGGCCUGGCACAGGCCAGUCCCAGGACCCCCUUGCGCUGGGCGGGCUGGCUCGUGGGCCGUCUGGUCCCGUCCGUCCCUUUUCUCCUUGUCGUGCUUCCCACGCCCAGCACUAGGCCACAUAACCCAGGCCCCCGCUCCGUUCACCGGCCCGUUCUCGUUCGAGCUUGUUGGGUGCUUCUUCCUGAGCUUCUCUGUGUUCUUCUCCCGCAGUCUUCGCUGAGCCACCGCCGCCCUUCUGGACGUCCGAUCCGUCAGCACUCGAACCGCCACAAACGUCGUCGUGUCCCAUCAAACAGAAACAGGUCAAUCGCCCCGGGUCUUUGGACAGUUGAGCCCAGGAGCUGCCGUUGCCGGUUCCUGUCUUGUGAGGAGUCGUACGCGCACGCGCUCCCACACAGAUUGCCUGCUGUUGCUCUGCGACACCACCAACAUACUCGCACUCGCACCGUCGCUGGCCCUUUGACCUUUGUUGUCAAGCUGGCCCAUCGCCCGCCAUCCGGGUCUGCAUCUGUCGCCCUCACCAUCCGCCCAUCAUCGCACAGGACCGGGACAGCUCGGGUGGUCGGAUAGCAUCCCCCAUCCCGCUAACUGCCUGUAGUCGGGACUAGCGCAUCUUAGCAGUUCCUACUCGGGCGCAGCGCUCUGUUGUCCAGCAAAAGUCACCCUUCCAUCGUGCAAGUUCGUGGCGACGGCUAGCAUCGGCGGGUCCAUGCGUUGCAGGAGGCAGCGGGAACCAGCAGGAAUCUGAGAAUCAAGCAGACGGCAGACUGCAAAAAGAAAGGGAGAGAAACAAGGCUAUAGCAAAAGCAAAGCAAAAGCAAAGCAAAGACAGCCCAGCCAGCCAAGCACCAACGAGGAGAGCUCCAGCUCGCGAUUUUCCCAACUCCUACCUGUGCCGCCUGGGGAGACAUCCAGGACAAAGAACCUCGGCACGCGCCUGUCGUCUGUCUUGCGCUGCUUUCGCUUUCGGCCGACCACGCAGGACGGCAUCAAGCGCAGCCCCUGACCCGCCUCGAUAAUUUUCUGCUGAGGAUGCAAUAGCGCAAAUGGCGACCGCGAUUGAAACGGCGCAUCGAAGCCACCACAUCGACAUGCGAGAUAGCGACCCCAUCGUCUCCCGAACCGUUCCCAUCCUCACCCCGACCAUUCAGAUGUCCGCCCCUUCCCCCGGCGAGCCAAUGGAGAUCACGACUCCCACGAGCUCGGCUCCUCCCUCGGCCACCAAGAGCCCCGAUAGCGACGCCAAUGGCCACGGCCCGGGCUCUGGGAGCGAGCACAGGAGCAGCACCCCCAAGAUGGAACAGCACUCCAUGCCGGGCGUCAUGCCUGCCCCGGCCGCUGCCGCUCCUGCCGUCCACCAGCCCAAGAUAGUACAGACGGCGUUCAUACACAAGCUAUACAACAUGCUGGAAGAUCCCAACAUACAACACCUCAUCUCUUGGUCGCCCUCCCAGGAGAGUUUUCUCAUGUCACCCUCGAACGACUUUUCAAAAGUUUUGGCACAAUAUUUCAAGCAUACAAACAUCUCGUCUUUCGUAAGGCAGCUCAACAUGUAUGGGUUCCACAAAGUGAGCGAUGUUUUCCACAACGGGUCCGACUCUACGCUCUGGGAAUUCAAGCACGGAAACGGCAACUUCAAAAGAGGAGACCUGGUCGGGCUGCGCGAAAUAAAGCGUCGCGCCUCGCGCCAUGCGCUUGUUCAUAAGGAGUACAACCAACAGCGACCGACGCCUCCGCAGCCUGGCACUCCCGCCGAGCCUAUGCCGAUCCCCGAAGGCCACCCAGACCCCCGUGUCGCGAACAUGGAAAGUGCCUUCUAUGAAAUGUCGCUGAGGCUUCAGCGCAGCGAAGAGAGCUCGCACUACAUGCAUAUCAAGCAGCAGGCUGUCAUGGAUACUCUUGGCCGUUUGCUGUACCUCAACCAGGAGCUUGCGCGCACCGUCCUGACGCUCGUUCCGAAUCCCGAGAACCCUACCCACAGAGAUGUGAUCGCCCUGCAAGGAAAUCUGCAGAGACAAGCCGACAUGAUCCGGACCUUGGACGAGCCACAUGACCAGCCAUUCCCCAGCAGUCGACAGUUCUUCACCCAUCUUGAAAACGCCCCCGUCUCGCCCCGACAGCUUCCGCAAGAUGAUCCUCGUCGCCAGACGCUGGCAGUCCCGCAACCGCGACAACAAAACUACUACAGACCCCCUGUCCCUUCGAAUCUGUCCAUAAGCACUCGUCGACCGUACGGGUCCAUCGGUUCAGGCACGACGCCCACACAGCCAUCACCAUCCUCCACGCGACCCCAGCCGCCCCCUCCACCUCCGGUUGCUCCCCACCCGCUCGCAAACGUAGAGCUACCGCCAAGCAGCUUGGCGCGUCGACACACGUCUGCCGACAUCCGCGCUCACGGGUGGCCACCUGCCCCUGGAGCCGGCGCAUCCCCGUUUGCUUCCGGCCCACCAUCUACUCAAUGGCCGUCUUCGCCAAAUAGGGCCCAUGGGCCGGAAGACCAGCGCAUCAGGGACUCCCUUUCGUCAUACUCGCUUCUGCCAGUCAACUCCCAGCACCAGCAGCCGCCCCCACCACACAGAGACCAGCACCACCCGCAGCACAGGCCGCCAUCCCGGCCAGAAUCGCCGCCUCCCCCGUUCUCGAAUGGAGGCAGUGGCUUGGAUACGUUGACUAACUGGUCAUGGGGCUCGGCCGGACGAAACAGCAGCUUGGCAGUCAAGGGCGACUCCUUACCACCGACUCGCAGAGGCAGUAUGGCGCAUAUUCUGAACCCGACCGACACAGCCGAGGUCGCAAAUGAGGAUGGGGACGACCCACGCGGAGACGACGACCGCAAGCGAAAACGCCUCGUAUAACAAAGGGCUCGAACCAGCGAAGACCAAGACGCCCGUUGGUUUAAUUUUGGAUACAGUUCCACACGCAUCCACCAGCCGCCUACCCGCCAUACCAUUUCUGUCGCGGGAUCCUAUCGCCCCGAAUUCUGCGGCGGCCGCCAUCGUGUUUAUUCACCUUUGAUUCUCGAGUCGAAUCUUGAGCGAGGAUUCGCCCGCCUGUACAUAUUCAACACCGUUAUUUUCUGCCCUUGUCUACUGCCGUGUUCAUCCCGACGGAGCCUUUGGAAAAACGAGAAGGGCUCACUCGGCCGCAUUUUUGGAGGUCGUUGUCCUUUUAACUCUUGUUUUGUUCACUCUUCCUGUCUCACAUAUCCCUCUCUCCUCGUCUUCUCUGCUUGCGCUGGGCAUUCGUUGGGGAACUCUGGCGGUACAUCCGCGGUCAUUGGGGGAAAACCUGUUUUUCUAUUUAUCUCGUCUGGGUCAAAUCUCCUGCUAUUCCUGCCCUCUCUCAUCAUCUAUAGCACCCCUUCUUUUCCUCGAGCACUAUGCUUCUCUUGCGCCGACCACGUAUCUGGAAAAGGGGGAAUAAUUGUUUUGGUAAUUCUUGUACUGAUAGCAAGCGCCGGGUUUUCCGGUGUAAUGCGAUUUUUUCUUAUUGCGAUUCUGAAUCUUGCAAGUCACUCGGGCGUGGAACAGGAGUCCGGGGGUUUGGCAUAGUUCUUGGCUGGCCUGCUUUCUUGCGGUAUAGGUUGACUUGGUUAUAUAAGUACCCUGGUUAGCCCGA